AUGCUGGAUCACCUGCGCAUAUUGGAGUUGCCAGGGAGGACGGAGCACGCCGCCACGAGGGACGCCACGUGGGACGCCGACAAGGAGCAUCCAGGUGCCGGGGAUAACGAGCCACGCCGACUGUGUAUCUUCCAGCGCGUGGAGGCCGACUCGCCGACACCAUCACCGGGAACACGGCUGCGGAUCUGGAGCCGCAGCAGGACCGUACAGGCGUGGGCUCUGGAGACAGGUAAAUAUCAGGAAGGCGUGGACGAACCCGACCCUGCCAAGUGGAAAGCAAACCUUCGCUGCGCUCUAAACAAAAGUCGAGAGUUUCAGCUAAAGUACGACGGCACCAAAGAAACUCCGGUGCAGCCGUACAAAAUCUACGAGGUGUGUGAGCAGAGCGGGAACAUAGACGCUGGCGAUGAUGAUGAUGAAGAGAUGCCGAACCUGAUGGACCUCAGCAUCAACCCUAGGACCAGUGACUCCGCCUCCUUCAACUCCUUUCCACCUCAUUCAGAUGUGGACCACUUCAGUAUGUCCUCCAACGGGUCAUUUGGACUUCCACAUGUGAUCCCAGUACCUCUCCUCCCCGACAGAGGCCUCCCCAUGAACUCUGACCUCCCCAUGACCUCUGACCUCCAGGCUCAGAGUGGGAUGGUGGAUCAGGGGAGCUUCGUCCAUCCUGUAGGACACCCUAAUGGACUCCAGGACCUGAGUUCUCUCCCCCCUUCAGCUGCCUCUGGUCCCCCCCAGCCAGCUUCAAUGGAGGCCAGCAGCAUGGGGGACGUCCAGAACCAGGGGGACCCUCAGAACCACCAACCCUGCAAGUACGACCUGCUGAGCAGCAUCCCACUAACAGAUCUGGACUUGAAGUUCCAGUACCGGGGCCGGACGAUGGGCUCCCUCACCGUCAGUAACCCUCAGGGCUGCCGGUUGUACUACGGACACCUGGAGCCAACCCCGGAGCAGGUGGACCUGUUCGGACCCGUCACCCUGCAGCAGGUCCGGUUCCCGGGGACAUCUGAGAUCCAGAACCAGAAGCAAAGGUUCUACACUGAGGCCCUGCUGGAUGUGAUGGACCGCGGCCUGAUCCUAGAGAUCUGGGAGCAGGACAUCUACGCCGUCCGCCUCUGUCAGUGCAAGGUUUUCUGGUCUGGACCGGGCAUGCCCGAACAAGGUCCGCCUAACCCCAUGGAGAGGGAGAAGAAGAUCAAAGUGUUCAGCCUCAACAACUUCCUGCAAGGUCUGAUCUCGUUCCAGAAAGGUGAAGCUCAAAACCCUCCACCCUUCGAGGUCUACUUCUGCUUCGGGGAGGACUGGCCCGACAAGAAACCCAAAGAGAAGAAGCUCAUCAUCGUCCAGGUGGUCCCCGUGGUGGCUCGGAUCCUGACAGAGAUGUUCUCAGGAGAACUCAGCUGGUCCACCGACAGCAUCCGUCUGCAGAUCUCGAACCCGGAUGUGAAGGACCAGACGGUGGAGCAGUUCAAAGAGCUUCAGAGGCUCCUGCAGAGCCAACACAUCCAGGGGCCCUGGACCCCUAACGUCCCCUGAAAACCAGGGAGACGGACAGGGGGGAUGGACAGUGGAAGGCUGUCCUGCCUCAUCCUCAUCCUCAUCCUCAUCAUCAUCAUCAUCAUCAUCAUUUAAACCAGCUCACGUCAGAACAUUUCGCCCUGUCAGACUGAUCUCUGGUCAGAAAACUGACCUGAGCUCAGUUUAACAGGAAGU